GAGGUCCCAUAUUUGAAUUUUUCUACCUCGUACAACAUCAGCAUCAGCACCUUGUCCUGUGAGAAAAUGGCACCCCCCACCCAAACUGUCUGCAUCACUGGCAUCACAGACCCUCCUCCUCCAGAUGGAUCCCCUAAUAUUACAUCUAUCAGUCACAAUUCAGUCAAGGUCAAGUUUAGUGGGUUUGAAGCCAGCCAUGGACCCAUCAAAGCCUAUGCCGUCAUUCUCACUACCGGGGAAGCUGGUCCCCCUUCGGCCGAUGUUUUGAAAUAUACCUAUGGAGAUUUCAAGAAGGGGACUUCAGAUACUUAUGUGACAUACCUCAUAAGAACAGAAGAAAAGGGACCUUCUCAGGACUUGUCUGAAGUCUUGAAAUAUGAAAUUGAUGUUGGAAACGAGUUGACCACACACGGCUACUACAACGGGAAGCUGGAACCUCUGGGCUCCUACCGGGCUUGUGUGGCUGGCUUCACGAAUAUUACCUUUAACCCUCAGAACCACGGACUCAUCAAUGGGGCUGAGAGCUAUGUGUCCUUCAGUCGCUAUUCAGAUGCUGUUUCCUUACCCCAGGACCCAGGUAGAGGAAAAACAAUUGUCCCAUUACUCGUUCAGUGGAUUUUUGCUUCCAGUGUCUACAGAAGGCUGGGUGUCUGUGGGUCUCUUUUCUUUCAAAACAGGAAAGAUGCAAAGAAUAAUGAAGUAUCCUUUUCUCAAAUUAAACCUAAAAAAUCUAAGUUAAUCAGAGUAGAGAAUUUUGAAACCUACUUUAAGAAACAACAGGCUGACUCCAACUGUGGAUUUGCAGAAGAAUAUGAGGAUCUGAAACUUGUUGGAAUCGGUCAACCUAAAUAUGCCGCGGAACUAGCUGAGAACAGAGGAAAGAAUCGCUAUAAUAACGUCCUGCCCUAUGAUAUUUCCCGUGUCAAACUUUCAAUCCAGACCCAUUCAACUGAUGAUUACGUCAAUGCGAACUACAUGCCUGGCUACCAUUCUAAGAAAGAUUUUAUUGCUACACAAGGACCUCUACCCAACACUUUGAAAGAUUUUUGGCGUAUGGUUUGGGAGAAAAAUGUACAUGCCAUUGUUAUGUUGACCAAAUGUGUUGAACAGGGAAGGACCAAAUGUGAGGAGUACUGGCCCUCCAAACAGGCUCAAGACUAUGGAGACAUAACUGUUGCAAACACAUCAGAAAUUGUUCUUCCAGAAUGGACCAUCAGAGAUUUCACAGUGCAAAAUAUCCAAACGAGUGAGAGUCAUCCUCUGCGACAGUUUCAUUUCACCUCCUGGCCAGACCAUGGUGUUCCUGACACCACGGACCUGCUCAUCAACUUUCGGUAUCUUGUUCGUGACUACAUGAAGCAGAGUCCUCCUGAGUCACCAAUUCUGGUGCAUUGCAGUGCGGGGGUCGGAAGGACAGGCACAUUCAUUGCCAUUGAUCGUCUUAUCUACCAGAUAGAGAAUGAGAACACUGUGGACGUGUAUGGGAUUGUGUAUGACCUUCGAAUGCACAGGCCACUAAUGGUGCAGACAGAGGACCAGUAUGUUUUCCUCAAUCAGUGUGUGUUGGAUAUUAUUAGAUCCCAGAAAGACUCAAAAGUAGAUCUUAUCUACCAGAACACAACAGCAAUGACAAUCUAUGAAAACCUUGCGCCAGUGACCACAUUUGGAAAGACAAAUGGUUACAUUGCCUAAUUCCAAAGGAAAAGCUUUCUGGAGUUACCUAGACCGUCACACCCACAGCAAAGGAAAAUGCCCCGAUGUUGACAUGUUCUUCUAUGUCUAAUAUCUUAAUUCUCUGUUCCGUUUUGUUAGAACUAAUUUGAGGGCAUGAAGCCGCACAUGUAAAACGUGACAAAUGAGAAGCUGGGGCGAUCUGGGGCUGUGGAUGGGUGGUGGGCAAAUCAACUGUGUUCUUGAGUACUGAUGGGAUGGUUCUCUUGUUCUCUCUCUCUCUCUCUCUUUUUUUUUUUUUCUUUUUUGGAGAAUGGUGGAAAAUCAGGAAAAAUGAUCUAUUAUUUUUUUUUUCUUUUUCAAAGCAGGUUCUUUUUGAAAAAAGACUAUUUUAUAUGAUUCACUUGCUAAAGCCAGGAUUGUGUUGGGUUGAAUAUAUUUUCAGUAUCAGAGGUCUAUUUUUACCUACUGUAUCUUGGAAUCUAGCUGAUGGAAAAUACCUAAUUGUGGGUAAUGAUCGUGCAGGGAGGGGUAUGUGGUGCCUCUUCCAAGUGAGUUUUCUAUUUGAACAUGUGCCUUUUCUGAAUUAUGCUUCCACAGGCAAAACUCAGUAGAUAUCUAUAUUUUUGUAUUGAAUCUCAUAAUUGGAAUAUACAGACUAUUUAAACAGUAGUUUAGCAUCAGAGGUUUGCCUUCUCAGUAACAUUCCUGUUCUCAUUUGAUUAGAGGAGGCCUCUUUGUUGCCCACCCCCACUUCUCCACCUGCCAUACACUUGUGCUCCAUUUUUUUCCUUCCCGUGCCCCUUCCAGUUUUCUCCAAAGACUCUUCUGUUGGCCCCAUUUUCAGCCCAUUGAUUGGGUGAGAAUGGAAAACUAAAUAUCACCUUGCGAAUUUCUGUAGGUGAGGUGGCAGAAGCAGGGGAUUCCUACAGUGAUGUAAAUCCUUUUCUCAUCCCUGUUUAUCCUUUUUCUCAUUUCUGUAUUUGGUGAGUAGGAUUAUUUAAAGGUGCAAUAUGUGAUUUUAGUGAUUCAUGAUGCUCUAGGUUUUUAGUAACGUUUUACUCAGGUUGGCAUUUUAUGUGUGUCUGUGUGUCUGUGUAUACAUGUGUGUGUUUUUAAAAAUGUGGCAAUCUGUGAACACUUCAGUGUGAACUCAGUAUCAGAUUAAUCCCUCCUCCCCCAGAGUCACUGGCUUUUGUCCCUCUCUGCAGUGACAUGUCAGUAUCUACUGUAUAUAUAUAUACUAAACUUCUCUUACAACA